GGGGGGGGGGUGGCCGUGCCCACGGACACGGUGUACGGCGUGGCGUGCCUGGCCCAGGAUUCGGCCGCGGUGCGCAGCAUCUACAGCCUGAAGGGGCGGAACGGCGCCAAGCCGCUCGCCAUCUGCCUCGGGGACGUGGAGCGGCUCUACAGGUACUGCCACGUCAAUGUUCCCGACGAGCUGCUGCGGGACUUGCUCCCGGGACCCGUGACCCUGGUCUUACAGCGUUCAGAAGAGCUGAAUAAAGACUUGAAUCCAUUCACAUCGCUGGUUGGUGUUCGCAUUCCAGACCAUCCCUUCAUGAGGGACCUGGCCCGUGCCUGCUCGGGGCCACUGGCCCUGACCAGCGCCAACAUCAGCGCCCAGGGCAGCACCCUGAGCGUGCUGGAAUUCCAGGACUUGUGGCCUCAGUUGUCCUUAGUCAUUGAUGGAGGCCCCAUAGGAGACAUCCAGAGCCCAGAGUGUCGCUUGGGGUCAACUGUGGUUGACUUAUCUGUGACAGGGAAAUUCUCCAUCAUCCGGCCUGGCUGUGCACUGACACCCACAGUUGAAAUCCUGAAGAAGAAGUAUGGCUUGGUACCAGAAUCUUCCUAACCCUUGGGACUGGGAGCUGGUGGAGCUGGGCACUGUGUGCCUGUGCACUCAGGAAUGGGUGAUCAUGGCCUUGUUUAAUAAGGUCGAUGGGUUAUGUCAAGGUAAAUAAAAAAAAAAAUUAAAAAA